UUCUCCCAGCUGCAGCAAGAGCGGCACAGAGGGUCAGAAAAGCGACGAGUAAUGCACAACGGGUGUCUCGCGGUCACGCCUGGAUUAUUAGGUGUUAAUUAAAUAUGAGCAUUAACAGUCUAUUAACGAGCAUUUUAUGUUCUGGGCGACAUUGCACGAAACUUACUGCUAUGGCACGAUAUUAUGCUUCUGUCGCUACAAAUCCAGCAGACAGACACAAUGUAAAACCAAAAACUGCUAUAUUAAUGUUAAAUAUGGGUGGUCCUGCCAAUACUGAUCAGGUUCAUGAAUAUUUAUUAAGAAUAAUGACCGAUCGUGAUAUGAUCCAACUGCCAGUUCAAAGUAAAUUAGGUCCUUGGAUAGCGAAACGUCGCACUCCAGAAGUACAGAAAAAGUAUUCUGAGAUUGGCGGCGGUUCGCCAAUUUUACGAUGGACGAAUAAACAGGGCGAACUUUUAUGCAAUAAAUUGGAUGAAAUUUCGCCUGAAACCGCGCCUCAUAAGUAUUAUGUUGCCUUUCGAUAUGCAGAUCCUCUCACAGAAGAUACUCUUGAGAGGAUACGCAACGAUGGAGUACAGCAUACUAUACUUUUUUCUCAAUAUCCUCAAUAUAGUUGUUCAACAUCAGGAUCCAGUUUUAAUGCUAUAUACAAUUAUUACAAAACUAGAGAGUCACCAAAUGGCAUGAAAUGGAGCAUCAUCGAUAGAUGGGCCACGCAUCCGCUCCUUGUUAAAACAUUUGUCGAAAGAAUUAAAGAGGAACUUGCGCAAUUUCCUAGCGAAAAAAGAGACGAUGUGAUAAUUUUGUUUUCAGCUCAUUCUUUGCCGUUGAAGGUUGUAAACAGAGGAGAUUCUUAUCCCGCAGAAGUUGGAGCCACAGUUGCAUUAGUAAUGCAGGAAUUAAAUUAUUGCAAUCCAUAUAGUUUGGUAUGGCAAUCAAAGGUUGGACCUACGGCAUGGCUAGGACCGUUUACCGAUGAAGCAUUGAGGGGUUACGUUAAACAGGGCAAGAAAAAUUUUAUUCUCGUACCGAUUGCAUUUGUAAAUGAGCACAUUGAAACUCUUCAUGAAUUGGACAUAGAAUACUGCCAAGAACUUGCCGAAGAACUUGGUAUCGAGAGAAUACGAAGAGCUGCCGCGCCUAAUGAUCAUCCUAUUUUCAUCGACGCUUUAACAGACAUUGUUGUGUCUCAUCUCCGAUCGAAACAAUCUAUAAAUCCUAAAUUUUUAAUACGAUGCCCUCAUUGUGUAAAUUUAAGUUGUAGUGCCAGUAAAAAAUGGUACGCUCAGAUUUGUAAAAAUUAAUAAUGUUAACGGUUAAUGUAACGAUUAUAAAUGUUACGGUAACGCGCGUGCGAAGACAUAAUCAUAAAUAUUAUAUUAUAUUUAAGUAUAAAUAAUAGUAUAUUUAUAUAAUUUCCUAUAUUAAUUAUAUAUGUAAUAAAAUAAUUUGUUAAUAAUUAAAUGAAAAUGAAUAGAUCCAAUGGAAAUAUAUAUGUAUUAUAUUUGUGGAAAUCGUGCAAUAAUAUCGAAUAAAUUA